CUCAGGGAUUUGGUGUGUUUCCUGGAUUUGUGGAGCCAGCCUGAUGAUGAGUGAUAGGUGUACAGGCCUGGACCCUCUCCGCUUGUUGCACAUCCUGCAAGCACACUGGACAAAGAAAGAGAUUCAUGAGCUCCCAGAAGAAGCAAGGCGAGGAUUUGCUUCCCUCACUGACCCACUGGAAGGGCUCCUGGUCAUGUUGGAGAACAGCCACGACUGGAGAAGGGGAAAGGCGCAGUCCCUGGCACAUUACAUCAUCGACCAGUUCAGCAAUUGGUUUAAAGAGGAUGCCAGAGUCCAGCAGUCAUUCCUGAACCCGGCCACACGGCAAGCAAGAGUCUUCUCUUUGCUCACUGAGGUUCCUGCUAACAUGCUGGAUCAGCUGAUCAGCUUGUAUGAAGUGGACAAGGCUGACCCAUCCUUCCAGCUUGGUCUGAUCAAUGAUCUGUGUGUCAAGGGCAAGUACAAAGAGGCUGUGUUACUGAGUAUAAAGUUGAACCUGCAGCCACACCUGGAUAUGGAAGAGGUGUGCAUUCCAUUGCUCCUUCAGGAUAAAGUGAGCCUGGUAGAGGCCUAUGUAUCUGAUUAUCCAGAGCUACAGCAUUGUUUGCUGCAGCUGCUGGAUUCGUGGUGCCAUCCAGCAGUCAACACCGUCGACAUCCAAAGACGUUAUGGAAGACUAUCGCAUCUGAGAUGGAAUAAAUUGAAUCGCAAAGCCUUAAGUAAACUGGUGCUCAGACUGAUGGAGCUUUAUGACAUUGACCCAGUGCUCUGCCCAAAUGUUGUGGACCAGCGCUACCUGGCUUCCAUCAAAUACCUCUUGUAUAAACGUUUUCUGGAGAAGAGUAUGAGCGAAGAGAACUGGUCGGAACACAUUGAGGCUGUAAUGGGAGAGAACCCACAGCUGCAGGCGCAAUUUGUGAGCUUGCUGGCGAGGUACACAGAUGUGGACACAGUCGCUGCCUGGGCCCUGAGGCUCAGUGUGCCCCAAGAAAAAUUGCCCUAUCGUGUUGCUGAAAGAUUAAAGGAGCUGGAGAAAGUCAAAUUGAUAGGUUUAAAGAGCAGUUGUGCAGAGGAGAAUCUAGAAGAGAGAGAGAGCAAGAGGAAGUUCUACUAUCAGCUACCGAUUCCAACAGAGAGUAUUCACUUCCUGGACCACCUGGAUCAAUUAAAGAGCUGUGCAACUCGUGUAUUACAGGCUGGUCAUGUUGUAGGAAUCGACAUGGAAUGGAGGCCCACGUUUGGAGUGCUGACCAAUACACGGGUGUCUGUCAUACAAGUUGCGAUGAAAGACUGUGUGUACCUCCUGGACUUGCCUCAACUUGUAAAAGAGUCAGAGUCUCAGAGCCGGCAAGCUGAACUUAUCCACUUCAUUCAGACUUUAUUCACUGACCAAACCAUAACUAAACUAGGUUAUGCUACAGCUGGGGAUCUGCGGACUCUAUCUACAGCCUACCCCAUGUUAAAGAAUGUGGUGCAGUUCACAGCAGGAGUUUUGGAUCUUUUAAAUGUGCACAGAGAGCUGCAGAGAGUGCCAGUUCAAAGAGAAGACAAAAGAAGAGGCUUGGAUGUGCUGCUGUCAGCAGAGGAUGAUGCAAACUUGGGAAACAGACAGUGUGAAAAGGGGCUCAGUCUCCUUGUGCAGUGCGUGCUGGGGCAACCGCUGGAUAAAACAGAACAGUUAUCUAACUGGGAGAAACGGCCUCUCCGACUUCAACAGAUCCUUUACGCAGCGGCUGAUGCCUACUGCCUGUUGGAUGUUUAUGAUGCCUUGCAACAGGACCCACAACGUUUUGGACUGAGCUGCAGUCUUGAAGAGUGUAUGGUGUUGAAAAUGGAAAAGAGGGGAAGGGAAAAGAAAGCAAAGAGAAACAAGAGCAGUCCCACCUUCCCAUUUCAGAGUGUGCAGACUCCUCAGCCAGCACUGAGAAAGAUAUCAUCCUUCCCUCCAAUAUCACCCUCAGAAUUCAGUGUCAUCUGUGACAACAUGUUGCAGGGGCUGGGCCGAUACCUCCGCCGUCUCGGAGUGGAUGUGAAGAUUCUGGCGAAUGAAGAUGAUCACAGGAAGGCUGCAGAGGAGGGAGCUUCAGUUGGAGUUCGGUGAGGAGGGAGGAGGUGCUCCUUUCUUUUCCU